AUGGACGAUCCAGUACUGGAAGUUCCGACUGUUAUCAGUCUGCUCACGCAGUCGCCACCUUCGUUACAACAGAAGACCAUCGAGAAAUUCUUUACACCAUCAGCUAGCUUUGCGCAUCCUUUCUGUCGUGUAUGGAGCUUCCGUGGGAGCCGAUGGGCACUCAUCAAGAUUUACCAAUGGUACAAGAUUAUGUCGCCUAGGAUUGAGCUUCAGGUGCACUCGGUUGCAUAUGAUGAAAAGAACCUCAAGCUCUACGUGAACCUAUCCCAGAUCUUCUCUAUCUGGGUAGUUCCCUUCCACGUUGCUCCAGUAAAUCUCACCACUGUCUUAACUCUCACCACCGACCCCGGUAAUGACGACAAGCACUUGACAAACGGAGAGCAAAAGCUCUACUACAUCUCUCACCAAGAGGACCUAUAUCAGACAUCAGAGUUUAUCAAGUUCCUCCUCCCACAUGUGGGACACUUAUUCGUGUUGAUUUUCCAUGUUUUUGCGACCUUCUUCUGCAUCCUGGGCGUUGCCGCUCUCUGGCCCCUGAUGUGGCUGGAGGAGAAGCGCUAUGUGCCGGGUCAGUUGCUCAAGGGUGGAAAUAUUGCAUCUAAUAUGGCAAAGAAGAUUCCGGAAAUUAAGGAUGCAUGA